AUUUCAAGUACUUGUAAUUUGUUUCCUUAUUUCUUUGAGCCGUAGACUUCCUAUGCAUCUAGAGAUGUCAUAUAGUUGAUUAGAAAGUGGAGUUCAGUGGGUGCAGACCGGCAAGAUCAUAUUCUUCCUCCUGUCCACGAUGUAUCGGACAGUAGGAUUUGGCACCCGAAGUAGAAAUCUGAAGCCAUGGAUGAUUGCCCUUCUCAUUGUGUUGUCCCUGACAGUGGUGGCAGUGACCAUAGGUCUUCUGGUUCACUUCCUAGUAUUUGACCAAAAAAUGGAGUACUAUCGUGGCUCCUUUAAAAUUUUAGUUCCACAAAUCAAUAGCAAUUUUGGACAAAGCAACAUAUACCAACCUAAGGACUUACGAGAGACGACUGAAAAUUUGGUGGAUGAGAUAUUUAUAAAUUCUGCCUUGAAGAAGCACUAUAUCAAGAACCAAGUAGUCAGACUGACUCCAGAGGAAGAUGGUGUGAAAGCAGAUAUCAUUAUGGUGUUCCAGUUUCCUUCUACUGAGCAAAGAGCAGUAAAAGAGAAUAAAAUCCAAAGCAUCUUAAAUCAGAAGAUAAGGAAUUUAAGAGCCUUGCCAAUAAAUGUCUCAUCAGUUCAUGUUAAUGCAAUGAGCUCAUCAGCAGGGGAGUCAACUGUCCAAGCAAGUUGUGGUAAACGAGUUGUUCCAUUAAAAGUCAACAGAAUAGCAACUGGAGAUAUUGCACCCAAGGCAGCCUGGCCUUGGCAAGCUUCUCUUCAGUAUGAUAACAUCCAUCAGUGUGGGGCCACCUUGAUUAGUAAUACAUGGCUUGUCACUGCAGCACACUGCUUUCAGAAGUAUAAAAAUCCAUAUCAAUGGACUGUUAGUUUUGGAACAAAAAUUAACCCUCCCUUAACAAAAAGAAAUGUCAAAAGAUUUAUUAUCCAUGAGAAGUACCGCUCCGCAGCAAGAGAGUACGACAUUGCUGUUGUGCAGAUCUCUUCCAGAGUCACCUUUUCGGAUGACAUACGCCGGAUUUGUUUGCCAGAAGCCUCUGCAUACUUCCAACCAAAUUUGACUGUCUAUAUCACAGGAUUUGGAGCACUUUACUAUGGUGGGCAAUCCCAAAAUGAUCUUCGAGAAGCCAAAGUGAAAAUCAUAGGUGAUGAUGUCUGUAAGCAACCACAGGUGUAUGGCAAUGAUAUAAAACCUGGAAUGUUCUGUGCUGGAUACAUGGAAGGAAUUUAUGAUGCCUGCAGGGGUGAUUCUGGGGGACCUUUAGUCACAAGAGAUCUGAGAGAUACCUGGUAUCUUAUUGGAAUUGUGAGCUGGGGAGAUAACUGUGGUCAAAAGGACAAGCCUGGAGUCUACACCCAAGUGACUUAUUAUCGAAACUGGAUUGCUUCAAAAACAGGCCUCUAAUUCACCAUAAAAGUUAAAACAAGGAGAGCUGUAUGCAGGUCAUAUAUGCAUGAGAAUCCAACUAUUUAGUGGGUGUAGUACAACAAUGUGAUAUUAAAUUACUGGAUCUGGCAACAUGAAACACAACAUAACUUAUUUAGAAUCACUUUAAUCAACCAAUAAUCCUUAGACAAUUUAUAAGGAACUUUUAUUUGUAAAGUAAUGGAUCUGUUUAGCCUGGUUUGAAAAAUACAGUAGAGAUACUUAGCUCUUUAAAUCACAAAUGUUGAAGCACAAAUGAGACUCAAUACAAAUUUUUGAAGAUAGUUCAUGAGAUUUUUAGAAUGUCUUUGUCAAGGGUCUCCUUUUAACUGAGAAACUUUUUGAACUGACAAAGAGUUCAAGAAACCCUUGCAUAAUUCCCUACAUUUCUCUAGACCUCACAAAUGCUUUUUUUCCCCUUAUUCAAUCAGAUUUUCCAAAGCACUUUUCCAUCAUAAGAAAUGAAUUUUCUACUUCUAAACCCAUUUGAGGAAUACCAAUAAAAGAAAGUCAUAUGUAGGAAAUGAAGUCUGAUUGUAAAACAAGCCAGAGAUUUUCUAACCUUUUUUUAGUUAUAAAACCUCUAAUUUUUGGUGACUUUUCUAUACAUACAUGCACACACACACACACACACACACACACACACACACAUAGAUUUCCUAUCCUACAGAUAUAACCAGAAAAAUCCUGAUUAAUACAGAAUAUGCAUAGUGAUUAAUUAAUCAAAACUAUGUAUUUGUUAAAAAUUUGGGGGAAGGUGAUGGUAAUUUCAUGAGUAGUGUCAAAACAC